AUGACCUCUCUCGUCCCCCGUGAACCCUAUUCCAAAGAAGAGCUUCAAAAGCUCUAUCCAGAGGGCCUGCAGCUGCAAUUGGUCCAGGUGGUGAACGAACUCCCGUCUCUUCUCGCUUUCAAAAUACCGGCCUGGCUUCAUACUGGCCAUAUUGCCAUGCCGCAAGAAGGCUCACACAAAUCGCUGCGUCAAGCGAGGAUCUAUCCGGCUGGAGUGAAUUCAAAUGGCGGAGAAAGAUGGAGAGAUUUGGAGGAAAGGACCAGGCGGUGGUGGCCUUUUGGAAGGGAGAGCCCAUUCACUCAUAUUGCGAAAAUUAGUUUUCCAGGAGAAUUGACGGAUAAAGGGCGCCGGUCCACUUACGCUCUGGGCCAGCGAUUACGAUAUCUGUAUGUCGACCAGCUAGGAUUCAUGCCGAAAGUCAGGCCGAACACCGAUGACAUGUACCUUCGCACGACCCCGAUACCCAGAGCUCUCGAGUCGUUGCAGCAAACCUUUUGGGGAAUGUACCCUCCCGACUCUCGAACCGCAAACUUCCCUCCCCCUACCAUAGUGGUCCGGUCACCCGCAGAAGAAACCCUGUAUCCUAACGAAAGCAAUUGCCACCGUUUCAGGCAGCUGGCACGCCUUUUUGCCCAACGGGCAGCAAAUAAAUGGAACGAGUCUGAAGAAAUGGAAUACCUGAAUUCCUUGUGGUCUAAAUGGAUGCCUUCGAAUUCUCCCCGAAUCGCAGUUGAUUCCCGGCCUCGCCUAUCUGGUAUUCUGGACACCAUCAAUUCAUCCCUAGCACACGGCCCGGGAACCCGCCUCCCCUCCGAAUUCUACGACCCAAAGGCCCGCGAAUUAGCCGAUAGGAUCGCCACGGACGAAUGGUUUGCCGGAUACAAGGAGAGCAACGAAUACCGCAAACUAGGUAUCGGUGCACUUAUUGGAGAUGUGGUUGAUCGCAUGGUCCAUACCUCCGUCCAUGGUGGCUGGCACCCAACCACAAAUGGAAGUGAAUCCAAGACUGCAGUCAAAUUUGCCAUAAGCGGCUGCCACGAUACCACCAUCGCCGCAAUCUUGAAUAGCUUAGGCGCAUUUGACGAUGAAAAGUGGCCCCCUUAUACAUCAUCCAUUUCAAUUGAGCUCUUCAAAGCUGUCAGAGGUCCCUACGCUACAAAACCAGGCCAUAUCCUCGAGGAGCUGAACAUCCCAGACACAGACAACCUAUCCCAGAAAAAGAAUCCCUCCAGUUUCAUGUCGAACUUUUUCGGCAGCAAAUCGUCAUCGCGCGAGGUAACACAGGUUUCCGAAAAUGUACGCGCUGCAGUAUCCGAUCUCCCCUCCUCCCCUUUGCAGAAACACUAUGUGCGCCUCCGGUACAAUGACCGACCCGUGCGCAUUCCCGGCUGCGCAGCGAAUCCACGCAACCACCUACCUGGAAACGACACGUUCUGCACACUUGAAGCGUUCAAGAAGAUUGCGGAUAAAUUCACACCGAUCCAUUGGCAUGAGGAGUGUGGGAAGAACUUGGACGAGGGGAUGUUCUCGAAGGGAGAUGAGCCGUCUGGUUAUUGA